CCACCCCCUCUGCACUAUCUCAGACAUUAACAUGCAAAAAACAACAUAAGUCACGGAAAACCAAAUCAUGCCAAAAUAAGGAAUCGACAAACAGUUUGGGAAUAAACAAGGGAUGAUGCAUCGGGCCCGUACAGGCGUGCUAACCUGGCGAUGUACAGAGGUUUAGAAAUGGUAGGGGGAUAACAAUGGAAAAGUUGUGUUUGUGAACAGGUUGGGAAAGUUUUGGCCAAAAAAAAAAUAGCGCUUUUCCUCCUUGCACGGAUGCGGUUUCAGGAGUCGACAACAUGCUGCGGGAGAGGAGGAGGGGGGGAGAGAAUGGACCACAACCCCAAAAGGUGCUUGGAUCAGUAAUAUCCGUGGAGUUAAAAUGUCUGUGUGAAAUCUAACAAAGAAAGACAUGAACAAUGGCAGAAAGCGAGGGGAAGAAUGCGACUGUGUAUCGCAGCGUCUCUUUCAAAAAGUUGGGGUCGUGGAGCGCCAACAGGAGUGAAGACCAACAACACAAAUCAGUGGAUUUGGAGGCGUCUGGCGUCGCCCUUCCCCCGGAGCCCAGCAGAGCAGAACAAGCCUUAGCGACUCGUAAUGUCAGUGUGUCAAGAAAAGUUUCCAAAAUCUCUGCCACCACCGCCAGCCUCCCGACCGCAGAUUCAAAGAGAGGCUCCUCCACUCCUCUCUCCUCUAUUUCCCCAUCCAUCCGCCAGCUCACUGAGAAGUUCAGCAGCAGUGCCUCCGCCGGGACGCACAGAGCUUCACCGGGAGACGGUGCAGCACUGACGCGGGGGAGCAGCACUCUUCCCCGGGCCAGGUGCUCCAGGAGAGACGGGUCUCUGUCUCGCAAAUCUUUUCACGAGGAUAACGGUGCGGGCUAUUUCCAGGACAGUGACUGUACUACUGCAGAGUAUCUCAGAGACAAUAAACUGCAAAAGUUUCACUCUGGCACUGACUCUGUGUCAGGCUCGGACACGGAGAAAAAAACUGUGAAGCGGAUUUUUACACGUUUAUCGACCGACAGCAGCAGCACCUCUGGUAAGAGAGAUUAUUCACACAUCAAUGCAUGUCUCUCUGAUCCCAGAAAGACUUUGAAUACGGGUGAGGAAGAGGAUGUUACUAGUAGAGGGGUUCCUCCACCCUGUAAAGCUCAUAAAACUUUUCUGUCUACACACCACGGCGAGUUUAUUCCCCUGCACUCUGACAAGUGGCCCAGUGUCACCAAAAUUAGACAAAUUUUUGAUGAGAGACAAAGCAAAGCUACGCACAAGACUGAAACUAGUGAGGAUUUAAAAGCAGCUGGCAGGAGCCACCUGCAUGAACUCAGCCUCAGUGAUAGUGCUCCUUUCUCAGAUAGGAGCGACCAAUUCUCACCUUGCAGCUCUGCUAAUGAAGCCAGUAGCAUUUCUUUGCAUGACAAAUGCAUAGUGGGAGCACAAAGCAAAGAAAGCAGUGCUGCUAAAGAGACAUUUUCUUACGGUAUGGACUUUUAUUCCAAAGCUGACCUCCAGCUUUACUCAAAUGAUGAGGAGGCAGACAUAGAGACGCGAAGUUCUAGUAACAACAAAGUUUCUGGCACAAACACUUUUGAAAGCAAGCGCAGUAGCAGUCGCAGUUGCACUGGGGGUAGUCACUACCAUAGGAUUAACCCAUCUCCAUACAGAUCUCAUGGUCCUAGCGCUGUGGCAGCGACUACCCGUAAGACCCCUAGGACGACAGGGUUGACAUCUGACCCCAGCUCUGACCUUCAACCCCCUUCAAUUACGUCUUGGAGUCGGUUGGAGAGCUCAGACACCUCCUUCCGCUUCUCCUCUCUUCAGCAGCCGACAGUGAGGGAGAGAAGGGAUAGACAGGGGGUCGGGCUGCCCAGGGAUAGUUUACAUUCCUCACAUAGCUCUUCUAGAGCACCAGCCCCCACCUCCUCCCCCUCCUCCUCUGCUCCAGCUCCAGAUAAAGCCAUUACCUCCUCCUCUACUGUAGCUCCCCCGACUGAACUCAGAGUCCCAGUAAGAGUCGCCUCUCCCCUCAGUUCCCGCUGGAGGUUUAGCUCUGGAGACGAAGAGGAGGAGCAUACCAGGCGAAGAAGAGGAGGUGGUUGCAGUGUUUCUUCCGGCCCUACUUCUUCCAUCUCCUACAGAGCAGGAGAAAGGGGCACCGCAGAGCAAGGAGGCAACUAUUUAUCCCGCAGUAAAAAUGGCUGGUGGGGUGCUAAGGGCAUUGGCAGGUCUUCAGGCAGUGAGGAGGACAGUCCUGGUUCUUUAGGCUCCCACAGCCGAGAGGCAGUGCGCCGCCGCUCACUGAGAAAGAAGAAGAAAGCCAGUGGACCUGCUAUAGCAACUGGCCGUGAUGAUUAUGAUGAUCAUGAUGGCGAAUCAGAAGACAGCGACAGUGACACCGCCUUGACAAUGGAACACUUAGAGAGGCAGCGUCAGCAAAACACAGGAGGAGAAUUUGGGGGAAUGAAAUCUCGUAGCCACUCGGCAAGAGAACCCAGCAUUCACAGUAACAGAGCCAGGGUGCAGCAAUGGGAGCGCAUUACCUCACCUGUGACGUCCACAACACUUCCUGGUGUAUCACGAGUGUCAAAGAUCAAUAUCCCCCCAUUUGUUUCUAGUCCUGGUGGUUCGCGUUGCAGCAGUCGAUACUCCAGUACUGAGACACUGAAGGAGGAGGACCAGACUAGUUGUGCCAAACGCGCAGCAAAUAGCAGAGCAGCAUCCUCGUCCAUGCUGAGCAAAACUUACCAUGGAAAUUUCACCAUGUAUCGCUCCCCAAGCUUUGGCCAUGGGGAUAACUUCUCCCGUACUCCUUUGCGGGUGCGCCCCAAGAUUGUACCUACAGUCAACCCCUUACCUAGUGUACUUGCCAGAGAAGGUGGGGUAUCUGCAGGGGUUAAGGGUGGUGAGACAAUGGCAAAAAGGUCAACGGGUGAGGUAGAGGAUAAUGAUAAAAACCGAAUAUCCAUGUCCAAUCCUGAUAUCACAUCAGAAACAAUGUCACUCUUAAGUUUUCUGAAGUCUGACCUGUCAGAGCUCAAGGUGCGGAAAAGGGGUGGAGACAAAUCAGGGGUUGUGGAGGGGUCAUCAGUAUACAGGAUGGGCUCACGGACGCAUGGUGGGACCCUUCUACCUUCUGGUCGUCGCCCAUCACUAAAAGAUCUGACCGCCACCUUGCGGCGUGCAAAGUCCUUUACUUAUUCUGACAAACCCACAGCAGCCGUGAGGUGUUACUUGACAGGUGGCACCACAAAGAGGAGCUCCUCCGAGCAGCAGCUUGACUUAGAAGGAGAGAGGGAUGGAGGGAGGGUGUGUGUGUCAGAUAGGGAAAUAGAAAGUGAUGGGGGUGAUUUUAGGGUUGGGAGAGGAAGAAGAAUGAGGGAUUAUGGAUUUGAUGAUGAUGACGAUGAUGAAGAAGUGAUGCUUCCGUUGCAUGAGAGGUAUGUGCAGGAAGCCAGGCAGGUCAUUCGGGAUAUCUGUCAGAUGAGUACAAGGGAAGAUGAUGAUAUAGAUGCAAGGAGAAUUGACAAUGAUUUGGAUGAUGGAUGUUUCCAUGACAAGAAAACAAAUGAGGAGAAAGCAGGAGUGAGCAUUAAAGAUGAGACAAGGAUAGAUCAAGAGGCUGAGUUUAAGAACACAAAAGACAGGGAUAAACAUGAGAGGGAGAGAGAGAACAGGGAGAGGGAGAGGAGUGAGAGGGAUGGACAAAGUAUGCAGUUGGAGAAGCUAAACAGCAGGGGCAUAGAGUACAGGGAGAAGACAAAGAGACAGAGCAGAGAGACAGAGAGAGCCUUACUGAAGGGCGACUCGGAGGAAAGCAUGUUUUACGACCGGUCUGUGGAUGAACUUUCAGGCCACGAGUCUAGUUUAACAGAUGAAGGAAUUGUAACAGAGCCAGAGAUGGGCCCCAGUGACCCUUCUGAGAGGACAUUCCUGGGGUCGGCAGGGGUUAAUUUAGGUCCACUAAUCGCUAGGGAUGUACUAGGGCAGCCUGUCACCAUAUGGAAUCAAUCUGGUCUCCAUGAAGCGGAAGGGUUUAAGCAGGAGAGAGAAGAGAUGACGGAGAACAAUGUGAGUUGUGCAAAUCGUCUGAAUGAAGUCAGCGUACCUUCCUCCUUGCUGCCGCCCGCUCGUAUGGGUGAGAGCGACAGUAUCGUCAUGGAGAUGAGCAGCACCACUGUUACCAACAACGUCUGCACUACCAGUGAGGAGAUCUCCACCAACAGUGCUGUGUCACAGAGAUCAGUAGGCACAGCAGGGGAAGGAGGAGGACUUGAAGCCCCUGCAACCCCAAGUGCGAUUCGUCGAAGGCGCAAGUUCUCUCCAUCUGGUAGUAACAACACAGGCUCUGAUUUCAGUAAUGGCAGUAAUGCAGAGUCAACAAUAGCAGCUGUUGGAAAUGGGGAGUCCACAGUCUACCGUUCUCUCAGUGACCCCAUGCCUCAGCGAUGCUGUUCCAUAGCAGAGGAAGGGAAUAACAAUUUUUCCUCUGUAGACAGCAAUUUGUUAGGAUCUCUAUCAGUCAAAGGCGGAGGUGGGGCUUCUCCAGAGGCUUCUUCUGUGGCCACCUUGUCAGAAUACAAGGGCAGUGUGGCCAGUGACUUGUCAGUAUUCAGUGAUGGUGGGCUUCGUGAUGAUGCCAUUCACGAUUACAGUGGGGUGAUCAGGAGCAUCGUAGCUGAGCCAGGUGCAAUGGACAGACUGAUGACAGAUGACCAUGGAAACGGCAAAGCUCCCAAGAAGAAAUCAUUCAGUGACCCCAGUCGCCGUAGCGAUGCCCCUUUACUUUCCCAAAAUGAUCCUCAGUUUAAAGGUCAGACUGGCUGCACUCAGCCAAUCAAUGAACUGGAUCAACCUGUCCAGAUUCCACCUUCUAGUAGUGAGCCAAUCCUGAGUGAGCAGAGAGAGAAACUGUGGGAGCCAGAAGUUAAGCCUAAACAUGCAAUGCCGACACAGCCACUUCAGCAUGCAAACAGCAGUAAUAAAGCCAAGAAGGCCCGUUCCCAGUCAGAAAGCACCCCUCACUCUGAUCAUCAUGAUGAAGACGAUGAUGUAAUAGACCAAGGUGGAGAAGAGAACGAGCUGCAGAAGUUUAACUUUGACCUCAAGCUGGCUGGAGUUCUGUCCCCGAGGAUGAUUCGUCGGCCCUGCAGAAAGCGUCCAAACAGGCUGGCUCAGUUCUUCCCACAUGAGGACCCAUUUGAGCCCCCAGAACAUAAUUCAGAGCUGCAGGAAGAUCACAGAGACCAAGCCGACCUCACCCCCCCUCUCCCCCCUCCCUCACUACAAUCCAAACCAAAAACCAGACCGAAGCAUGUCCGCCAUGCCAGUGAACCAGCCACCUUUAUCCCCAUCUCCACACCUCCACACCUCCAGCCACUGAAGGAAGCAGACUGCCUCACCAUCCGACCCACUGCAGAGCCUCCAACCUUAAGCAAGCUUCCAGGAGAUGAAGCCCCAUCUCUGGAGGAUGUGACACAGAAAUAUAUUCUGGAUCCGCGCUCUGCUGAGAGAGAUGCUGAGGGCCCAGGCCCUCUUCCAGUGGCCAGGGAUGGAGCUUCAUUGUCAGCUUCAGAGGGACCCAGCGAGACCAGCACCAGUGGAAUAACAGAAGUUGGAUCACAGAAGAAGAGCACAGAGGACACUGUGUCCAUGGCUGCCCCGCAGAACACCAAGCCCAGAGUGGACAUGAGGAAACAUGUGAUGAUGACCCUGUUGGACACAGAGCAGUCAUAUGUGGAGUCACUGCGCACUCUCAUUCAGGGUUACAUGCGACCUCUCAAACAGCCAGACGGCGGCUCCAUUGUGGACCCUCUGCUGGUGGACGAGAUGUUUUACCAGAUCCCGGAGAUCCUGGAGCACCACGAGCUCUUCCUGGAGCAAGUCGCCAGCUGCGUGAGCCAGUGGCACGAUAGGCAGACCGUUGGACACAUUCUCAUCCAAUCAUUCUCCAAAGAGAUGCUUGCUAAUAUGUAUUCAGCGUACAUUGACAACUUUCUCAAUGCCAAAGACGCUGUGAGGAUUGCCAAGGAGGCGAAGCCAGCAUUUCACAAGUUUCUCGAGCAAAACAUGCGUGAGAACAAGGAGAAGCAGGGUCUUGGUGAUCUCAUGAUUAAACCGGUUCAGAGGAUUCCUCGAUACGAGCUGCUGGUUAAGGACCUGCUCAAGCACACCCCAGAGGAUCACCCAGACCACUCAUACUUGCUGGAUGCCCAGAGGGACAUCAAGCGAUUGGCCGAGAAGAUCAAUAAGGGCCGUCGCUCGGCUGAGGAGGCAGAGAGGGAGGCGAGGGUCAUCCAGGAGAUUGAGGCCCACAUAGAAGGAAUUGAACAUAUUCUGAACCCUCAGAGGAAGUUCUUAAGACAGGAAAUGGUCAUGGAGGCGAAGACUGUGGGCGGGAAGAAGGAUCGUUCUCUCUUCCUCUUCAGUGAUCUGAUCAUCUGCACCACUCUGAAGAGGAAGUCUGGGUCGUUAAGACGCAGCUCCAUGAGCCUAUAUUCUGCUGCGAGCGUGAUCGACACCUCCAGUAAAUACAAGUUCCUGUGGAAGCUUCCCCUGGAGGAUGUGGAGGUGGUGAAAAGCUCCACCCAGGCAGCAAACAAGGAGAGCAUUCAGAAGAUGAUUAGUCGAUUAGACGAGGAUCUCAGCACUCUUGGUCAGAUCAGCAAACUGUCUGAAACCCUCAGCUUCCCGCACCAGUCCCUCGACGAGGUAAUAAAGGACCUGAUGGCGUCGGUGCACCGCGAGCUGUCGGAGAAGCAGUCUCUGGCCUUCAGCAUGACCUUCCUGCCCACAAAGCUGGAGUUUACCACAGCCUCCGCUGAGAGCAGCUUCGUCUUCGAGUUCACCUCGCCUGACGCUCGUUCCAACUUUGAACAGGCCUUUGAAGAAGCCAAGAAGAAGCUUGCAAUGAACAAGGACCAGUGGGACCCAGAGUUUCUGAAGGCCAUCCCUAUAAUGAAGACGCGCAGUGGAAUGCAGUUUUCGUGUGCCUCUCCGAGCCACAGCUGUCCCGACAGCGGCUGUGAGGUGUGGGUGUGUAACAGCGAUGGAUACGUAGGACAGGUGUGUCUGUUGAACAUCAAGGAUGAGCCCACAGUGGAGGCUUGCAUCGCCGUGUGCUCAGCGAGGAUCAUAUGCAUCGCUGCGGUGCCAGGACUCAAGGGAAGGGAGCGUGGAUCAGAGCCCACCAUAGCCCCUGCCUCUGGAGCACAUGGUCACACCCAGCAGCAACUCCACAUAUCGAUCUCUCAUUCAUCUCUGGAGCUGACAGAGCAACCUCCAGGACCAGGUGCUGAGCUUGUUCCCUUUGACAGUGAUGACACAGAUGACGAGGAUUCGCCCAGCCCUUCCUCCACUCUGCAGAGUCAGGCCAGUCACUCCACCAUAUCAUCCAGCUACGGCAAUGAUGAGUGUCCAGGCUCCAAGGACAUGGCUACGGAGACCACCAGCAGUGAGGAAGAGCAGGAGUUCUCAGUGGCAAGCUCUUACGGAGCCCCGGGGAUGUUGGGAGUAGGCGGAGGAGGUCGUACCCAAACAGAGAGCCCCAUGGACGGCCGCGCCAUGCGCCGCUCCUCCCGGGGCUCUUUCACCAGGGCGAGCCUGGAGGACUUGCUCAGCAUCGACCCGGAGGCCUACCAGAGCUCUGUAUGGCUGGGCACUGAGGACGGAUGCAUCCACGUGUACCAGUCAUCAGACAACAUCCGAAACCGGAAAAACAGCAUGAAGAUGCAGCACUCAGCUUCCAUCCUCUGUAUACUGUAUUUGGACAACAAAGUGUUUGUGUCUUUGGCCAAUGGGGAGGUGAUUGUCUAUCAGAGAGAAGCAGGUAGUUUCUGGGACCCUCAGUCUUCCCAGACGUUGGUCCUGGGCACACCCAGUAGCCCUGUCACCAAGAUGGUUCCUGUGGGAGGAAAGCUGUGGUGUGGCUCACAGAACAGAGUCCUUAUUAUCAACACAACUACACUGGUACAAGAACACUGCUUCCAGGUGGGCACAGACAGCAGUCGGUGCGUGACUUGCAUGGUGGCGUACGGUCAGGGUGUGUGGUUGGCUUUGCAGGGCAGCGCGCACGUCAGACUGUACCACGCUCAGAGCUGGGUGAGCCUCACAGAGGUGGACGUGGCGCCUGCUGUGCAUAAGAUGCUGGCAGGUGCAGAUGCGAUCAUCAGACAGCACAAGGCCGCCUGUCUGAGAAUCACAGCAUUGUUGGCCUGUAAGGAUCUGCUGUGGAUUGGCACCAGUGCAGGGGUGGUCCUUACGCUGACGAUCCCAGCAGUGAGUUCAGGAACUGGGGCUGGGACACUGAAAUCUCCUCUGGCGCCCAUGGGCUCGGCUCACGGCCACACGGGCCACGUUCGGUUCCUGACAUCGAUUGAACUGCCGGAAGGAUUUGACAUGAACUUCCCUCCUACAACGAUGGACUCCACAGGCAACCAGUCCCAGAGCAGCAGCACAGUCGACGGGAACCUCCAAAGAUGUGACUCAGCGCGCCGCAGAGCAUCUGCCCACAUCCCUCCAAAAACCAACCACUUAGUAAUUUCCGGUGGUGAUGGCUACGAGGAUUUCAGACUGACCAAUAGCAGUGAAACGGUCGGACGAGAUGACAGUACCAACCAUCUUUUGCUGUGGAGGGUCUGAGACAAUUGACCCCAGUUUCAACAGUCCGCCCCAAGCUCCCUCUAGCUGAGAACGGCGCACAAGCCCCCCCCCCAGCGGACUCCUCACUUUUUGGUGUUGUUGUUUUUGGUCUUCUGCUCAGUCCACCAGUCUCUGUGUGCAUAAUAUGGCUGUCCAUUCCCUACUGGACGUAAUACUGAAUAUGAUCACUUCAAACCCAGUUUCUCUGUGUUAAUGUUUCUGAUGGUGUGCAUUGUUCCUCACUGAGAGGCGUCUGUGUGUGUGUAUCUUUCCGUAGAAAAGUGUCUUUGAACUCGAGUCUUUACUGAAGGAGACAGAUGGAGACAAAGAAGGGAAGAAUGACAUAAGUGAAGAAAGGACUUGGACUCUGCAGAAUGUCAUUGUCAUUGCAAAGGAAGACAUUUAGGUGAAGCAUGUACCUGUCCUUUGACCUUUUUGCUGUCUUUUUGUGGACUUGGACAUCAACCCUUUACUCCAUCAUCACAACAUCUUAGCCUGAACUACAGACAAAAUGCCUCCUGGUGAUUAGAGGUAAAUGUCAUGUAUAAAUAUAGAAAUAUCUGAGUGGAAAGAAAACCAUGACGGUAGUUCAACGGAUAUUCUGCAGGCACAUCUCAAGCUUAGCAGAGGAGUUCAGCUGAACCCUCUAGAGGAAGUAUUUAGCUCCUGAAAUCUGUUUGGCCAGUUCUGAACAGCACCCCCUAAUGGCAAAUCUAAGAUCAGAUAUUUCAGGUCAUUCUAUAGCUGGUGGACAUGAGACUGCCAAAAUCAUCUUUUCUUCUGUAGAGGAAUGUAUUAGAGCAUCACUGAAGUGCAAUAUGUGGCAAAGAUACAUGUAAACAUAUGCACACCAUCACAUUAAUGCACAACCUUCACCCACUGAAGCUUUGCUGCCAGAUUAAGAUGACAAGAAAGUAACUGGCGCCCCCUGCUGGAGUUCUAUAGAAAGAAAAUGCAGUGGAGACACUCCUGAACAGGACUAUGCCAAAUCCUUGUGUGUGUUUUGACAUUAAGGGAUCUGAAGAGAUUUCUUUUGCCUUGAAAUUUCACUUUGUUUAGUGGAAAUCAGGAGUCGAUGUUGGUGAUUUCUGUAGCAGAGAUGCUAGGUUAUGGUAGCAGAUAAUGAUAGUUAUGUACAGUAUUUAUGGUUUUGAUUUUUAGCGCCUUCUUUUACAGCACUUAAGUUAUAGAAGAUGUAGCUUUCACAUUUUCUUUUUGAAUUGAAGAACAAGGAGACUCCUGGCUUAAUUAUCAGCAUACAUACAAUGGGCAUAGAUGGGUUCAGGCACACAAACGUAAACAGUUUAAGUCUAACAAUACAGUCCACUCAUACAUCGUACAGGGUUCAUGUUUUGGACUUGUGUGACUCCAUAAAUGCGGAAAUCAUUUAGUAUUUCAGUUGUUUUUCGACUUAUUUUGUGACAAGAAAUGAGAUGUGUUGUUGCACCCCAAAUGCGCAAACACUGAUUUCAUUAUGGAUUGUUGGAGAGCAUGUGGUUUGUUUGUGAGACAGGAGACAGUGCACAAGAUACGGAGUAGGUCAAAAGGACAAAUGCUGAGCACCUGCAUGUGCCUUCAGAAGGCUGAAAGUUAAGCCAUUAAACACACGCAUACACACAGUGAAAAGUCAGAUCUCCUUCGUCCUGCAGCAGAUGUCUGCAGAAGUGAAGCGUGACUCUGACUUGACGUACACACACACACACACACACACACACACCCAUACGUUAGCCUCAGGCUGUGGGGUUAAGCAGUGAUUGUCUUUGAUCCCUCCGAGCCUAGAAUUGCACUUUGCCAGCCAUCUGGGCACUUCACCUCAGAUUUCCCACUUCUCAAACGCAUCCACAUUAGUGUAACUCUCACUGUAAGAGCAGCUAACCGUUAAGAGGAUUGGGUGGCUGUUGUGAUAGCUGCUAACUAGCUAGUGAGCCCUUUGCCUCUGUUAAGAGUAAAGGCCUGUAUACAUCCUUCACAAGUGCUUCGUUAUUCAGUUGAUUACUAUUAAAAAAGGAUCUUGUUUGUGAUUUUCUGUCCACAAUUCAGGCAAAACUGUAGUUAGCUUGUGGUAGCCUGUGAAGAAUACAGCAAGUUGACAGUUUUUAGUUUGACAUUUUGGGAAAUGUGCUUUUUGAGUUUUUUUUUGUUGAGAGUUAAGUGGGAAGAUUGAUACCAUGUAUUUCUGUUUAUAUAUUUUUGUUCUGUAAAUAUUAAACUACAGCCAGGUAGCUUAGCUUAGCAUGAAGACUAAAAACAGGGGGAAACGAGUAGCCUGGCUCUGUCUGCAGGUUAAAAAAAAAUCUGAUUAACACAUUAUCUCUUGUUUGUUUAUUCUCUGCAAAGUUACAGCACAUAAAACUACAAUGUGUCAUUUUUACACUUUAGUUGCGCUCAUUUAACAUAUGAAAUUUAAUGUGUUAGUGAUUUUUACAUGUGCUGUUAGGUUGAAUUUUUUUUUAGCAUUGCUUUCUCCCUGUUUCCAGUAUUUGUGCUAAGCUAAGCUAAGCUAACCCAUCACUGGCUGUGUAGCUUCAUAUUUAAUGAACAGCUAUGAGAGUGGUAUUAUUUUCUUAAUCUUGUCACCUAACUCUUAGAAAAAAAAAAGUGACAUUGUUUCCCUAAAUGCUCUGAUAUUUCUUUUCUGUCCUCUGACAUUAAGGUUAAGUGUUUUGAUGUUAUGCAUGAUUCACAACACAGUUAAUAUUUGUGUUCUCAGUGCCAAGAGCUGCCAAGUUACCAGUGAAAAUGCUGUAAGUCUGUGUGGGCUGCAGAGCGGUGGGGGCUCCCUGCAGAAUGGAGUUUGUAUUGUCUGUGAACAGUGAAAAAUUGGGGGUGUUUAGUGGAACAUCUCUGUGGUAUCUCUGCUGGUACCAGUGCCUCUAAAACCAUCAGCUGGUCAGCAGAAAAGAGUCACAGCACCUCGACUGCGGGCGUUCAGUUCACUGUGUUUUUAGUCUAUCUUCCAGCUCUGGGGUCUCUGGGUAAAACAUACUUUAGGUCCAGGGCUGUAAAGUAAGUUUGAUUGAUGGCCCUCUUCAGGAUUUUCUGAAACUGCCACCAUAAAGUCAACAUCUUUCAAUCCAGCUGAUUUGGAAAGUAGAUUUUCUUUAAACAUCUAGAGUUAAGUAUUUGCCUUAAGAAUAUAUUUUUCUGUUUCCUCGGUAAACACAUCAGUAUAAAUGACUAAAUUAUCAUAUUUCAGCAGUUACAUUUUAGAUCUUGAGCCCAGGGCAUUCACUUUCUUUUCUUUUUUCAACAUGCAAGCAAGCACUCACAUGUAAACACAUCUUAAAACUAAAGGAUUGAGAGAAUAAAGCAUCUUAUGUGCCAGUUAGAAAAACUUAUUCACUUCACUUUUUCACCAUCACACCAAGCUCAUCCUAUUGUCACUGUACCGUAACUCUCAGCCACUUGUAAGUAACCUCCUCAUGUCCAUAUGUGAAAGAAGUCUUUAUUGUUGUAAAUAUUGGUAUAUAUUGCCUUUUUUUCUGUAAAUAGUGCACCCACGGUCCUCAAUUGUUGAUAUGAAUUUAAUGGCAUAUUUUUAUAUAUUUGUGUAAGGUUUGUUUUUGUUCGUAUUUUUGCCCCACCUUCCUCUCUGGCAUGUGCUGUCAGUGCUGUUUUAAAUUAUAACUCUCAUAGAUCUCUCCAGAAGAAGACAAGAUGGCUUCUGUUGUUAACAGGGCGACCGACAGAUAAAGUUUUGAUACUUUCACUGGUAGCCAUGCUAGCUCCAAAACAUGCGUACGUCUGGUUCCCGGAUGUCCACAGGAAGGAAAACAACGUGGCAGGGUUUGCCACCUGGUCGUAACUCUGUUAAUCUCUGGCUAACAGCUUUCAGUUUUUCAUGGUUACAGUCUGUCAGAGUUACUUCAUGUCUGUAGCUGUUAUUGUUUUUGUCACCGUGGGUUCCUCUUUGUAAUUAAACUCAGUUCACUGGUG